GUCGAAAUUCCGGAUGCGACAACAUAUGGGGUCGAUAUAAGUCGACUUGACAUCGAUUGGCUUUGAACCACGCAAUGCCGAGGGAAUGUAUCGUUAUUGACGGGCUCUGGCGAUGUUUAUGUCCCUCGGUAGAUAUAACUACUCUCUCUAGGCUGAUCGGACCGCCUCGUCAUCCUCGCCAACGACCGAUUCUUUCCCCAUCCAGUAAUAUCUGGAUUGCCUGCAGGCAAAGUCGGCGAGAGUACCGCUACGUAGGUAGUGGCCUUCCCAGUCGCAAUUCCCAGGAGUCGGUCGAGCAAUCACGGAUCGGAUACCUCCAGCGAAUAGCGAAACGAAACCCAUGGGCUCCCGGAGUUCUCUUUCGGGGUGUCGAUGCUUUUAUUACCAAACUCGAUAGAAUCCCCACGAAGACUUUAUAUGCUGCUAUCAAGGAACUCGCAAGUGCCGAAAACACUUAUCUAUCAGUUGUAAAAUUAGUUGAAUAUUUGGUGAAGGAAAGGAAAGAGAAACCAAACGCCAUUCUUUAUGAGAGUCUUAUCCGAGCGAAUAUAGAUCGAUAUUAUGGAUCCGCGGGGAUUGCUCGUGGGCUUCUCGAAGAAAUGGAGAAGCUAAACAUUGUAACUACGCCGCAGAUCUAUCAAGCAAUUCUAGAUGUCACAUCCGUCCAUCCUGAUUAUGUCCUCCGAAAUAAGGCACUCUUCGAAAUGAAGAAUCGCUGGUACUCGCCAACAACGGACGACCAAAUUAGCAUCAUCGUUGGACUAUUACGGGAUAACCAGUACGAACUUGCGUUAGAGAAGCUAGAGGCGAUUUCAAAGACUGCCAUCGCAGUCCCAAGCUGGCUCUAUGAGAUAUUCCUCUAUACAUUUGGGGAGUUAGGUUUCCAUGAGGAGACACUAUCAAUUCUCAAACACCGAAUAAAAAUCGCAGAUGUCACCAACGAGCCCUUAUCUCCGAAUACGUGUCAGUUCCUCCUCGAUGUCUUCGGCCGAGACGCAUUUUACGAUGGAAUUAAACACAUAUGGGAUCAUUCAGUCUCGCCUGGAUAUAUAAAUCCUCCCGACGGCAUCGUAAUGAACGUACUCAAUACAGCAUCCAAUCAUGGAGAUGCACCGUUAGCUAUGAGUGCAAUCCAGAUGCUUUCAAGUCGCGACAGGAGACUUGAAUUACACCACUACGAAGCUCUCGUAGAAAUACAUGCUCAGCAGAAUGACCUUCGGAAAGCGUUUACGGUUCUAUGUAUCAUAGCCAAAACAGGCUUGCGCCCCGACCUCUCCAGCACACGAUCCAUUUUUCGAGUUCUCCGCAAAUCGCCCUCCGAGACAGAUAAUGCCUUAGCGAUACUAAGUGACCUCAGCUUGCGUUAUAAAGUGCCCAGUGCCGCAUUUAACGUUGUCUUGGAGGCUACCGGAGUACAUCACGUAUUUACAGUAACCUUAGACCUGUACAGAAAUAUUCGGCAGUUCUGCGCCGACGGGCCAGAUCUUGAGACUUAUCAUAUCCUCUUUAGUCAAUGUACGAAGGGGAGAACUAUAAAUUUCCUGCUUGAUGAGAUGCAGACAUUCUCAAUCGAACCCGUCGAGACGACAUAUGAUCACCUAAUCCGGAUAGCUAGUUUGCAGGAAGACUACGAACAAGCCUUCCAAUUUCUCGAGAAGAUGAAGGCUAGCAAAACGGCGGGUUUGCCCAAUAACUGGUGGAUUAGCAGAAGUUCAGCUCUAGCACUUAUCAGGAGGUGCAUCCAAGCAGAGGAUAUCAGAGCGCAGGAACUUAUCGAAGGAUGUCGCAGACGAGGAAUGUCUAUCGACACAGAAGUGCAACAACUACUUGAUGGUAUGCAAAAGCAGAAGGAGCUAGCCGAAGCAGAGGGUGCUUUUCCUUCAUCUAUAGAAAAAUCAUAUACAGUACCACUCGACACUGUGCCAGCUAGCCAAAAUCUUAACGCAUUGUCAGAUUCGGCAUAAGGCAAGAUCCAUCGAGAAUAUAUCAGGAUUUAACCGUUUCCAAGUUCGUGGCUUCAUUGAUUCUUGCCAUUGACAUCUCUUGAGUCCGGCGCAAUUCUCGUUAAUAAGAUUACAAAGCUCGGCUCAAUUCCGAC